AUGUUGGCCACAUUUGGAAGAGAAGGAGAGAUCUUGAGGUUGGCACCUCUACCCCGUGGUCGCCCCCAUCUUGGUUCUCGUCCUCGGCCACCACCUCUUGAACCAAUAUCUCCAUUUGCGCACCCUUGGCCGGCAAGAUCUGCUUUUGGCCCGCCUCCGUUCAUCCCACACGCGCUCGGGGACUCGUCGACGCCCCCACACAGCCUGCUCGGAAGCGACUCGACCAUGCAUGAAGUGGAGUCCUUCGCUGACAACGAGAGAGAGCCCUUUGUUCCCAAUCCAUCCCCAGUUGAAUACGACCAGCGAAUUCCCCGUAUCCAAAUCACCCCUUCGUUGCUGUACGCUAAUGCACUUAUGCGCGGAAAGGCCUCGAUUCAGAACGAUAUCCUCAUUAGUAACCUCUACAAUUCCCCCAGUCGUGCGGCCUACAACCGUAGAAUUCGACUCGAAGUCGGCUCGAGUCCAAAAAAUUCGGAGCUCCCGAGGGGCACAACUUUCUUUUGGGACUCUCUCAAUCCUGCACCAGUUCAAGAGCAACCUCGCCCAAGAACCGCCAAAUACGCACCCACAGAGAAGCAGACAACCUACGCAGAACAUAUCCGAGAGACCAAACUUCCCGUGAUGAAGCACUACAGUGGCGAGCAAGUUAAUGAGAACUGGGGACUUCUCAAGAUCGGCGACAAAUGGGCGGACCCCGACAGCGAGUAUGACUUGUAUCGGGCAAUCCAACUGCACGAGCAUGGUAUUGAUCUGUACAAACCUGCAUCGCGCCCCCUCAACUUCGAGCCCGAGCCCGAGUACGAGCCUCCGCGCAUGGAUAAUGGACCGCGUAUCAUGACCCCCGAGGAGGAAGACGAGUUCUACAAGGGCUAUGUUGAGGAAGUCACUGAUGAGGUGGAUGCAGAGGGAGACCCGCGUCAGUACCGCAUCAGUCCCGCUACGUUCGCCCAGUGGGCUGCUGGCGCUGGUCGGGGAGAUCGAUAUGUUGUAGAGACACCAAUCGUUGAUGACGAUCAGAUGAACGCAAAGCCCAAGAGUGAGGCACAGUUCGAUAUGGAGACUGGAGAUGCUCUGUCUGAUAUUUGCGACCCAUCUUCUGUGUCGUCAGUCCUCUACAGCCCUCAAAGUUUAGAUGUUGUCCGUCCACCAGUCUCGUACUCCUACAGCUACCCUAAGGAGAAAGUCGAGGUCGAUCGUGCAGCCAACGCUGAGCAAUACGAGAAAAAUGCUAAGCGGGCCUCAGCCCUCGUGUCCACGCCAGAAGUCUUCAACUCUGAAGGCGGCAUUAUCGCCCACACAGAUGACAACGACCUCGAAGCCGGCGCAGCCGCCUACGACACCGCCAAGGACUACAUGUUCGGCCUCCGCGUCUCCUCCAUGCAAAACUACGGCCUCGCCUCGAACACCCACGGAGUCGCCAAGCAAACUUCCGAAGCCCGCAUCUCUCUCGCCCAACAAGUCUUCUUCAUGAAAGAGAAGCUCCGCACCCAAGGCCACUCCCCUCCUCUUUUCCCCGCCCCUCCCGCGACAUCCAACACCACUAGCAACACCAUCCCCUACUUCUCCUGCGCCGACACCCCGCAAACCGGCUCCCCCGCCACUGCCACUGUUGCCGCUGCCACGAGCCCCGAGCCCGCGUCGCCCCUUCCCCAGGCCCAAUUCCAGCUCCCGCGCCCCCGCAGCCAAUACCGCCGGUACUUCGAGGAGGAGACCGAGCGCCUCCAGCUAGCCGCGCGCAAGAUGGUCCUGUUACAGCAGCAGCUGGAGCAGGAGAACCAGGCGAUGCUGGCCCAGAUCGAGGAGCUGAAGGUCGAGAGAGAUCAGCUGCUCAAGGCCCUGGGCUUCGACAGCGUGGACCAAAUCCAGGACCUGAUUCCGAAGCGGGAGACGAAUGGGCGGGAGUUGAAGGACCUCUUUGGACUUAAGGGCGACCUCUAG